AUGGAUUUUGAAACUAACGAAGAUAUCAAUGGUAUCAGGUUCUCUUGGAACAUCUUCCCAACUACAAGAACUGAUGCUAACAAAAAUGUUGUUCCUAUUGGAUGUUUAUACACUCCGUUAAAGGACAUUUCUAGUGUGGAAGAAAAUGAACCACUCGUCGACGAAGAUGGUCAAGGUGAGAUCUUAAGAAACAACAGUACGAGUGUUGUUGGGGGUGAAGGCACCGGUAACAUUUUGAAUUACAACCCUGUUAUUUGUUCUGGAGUUCAAUGUAAGUCUAUCUUGAACCCUUAUUGUAUCAUUGAUCCAAGAAACAACUCUUGGACAUGUCCAAUUUGUAAUUCAAGAAAUCAUUUACCAACUCAAUACUCAAACAUGACUCAGGAAAACAUGCCAAUUGAAUUGCAAAGCACCACUGUGGAAUAUAUCACAAAUAAACCUAUUCAAGUUCCACCAAUUUUCUGUUUUGUCAUUGAUUUGACUUCAGAAUUUGAUAACCUAUCUUCUUUAAAAGAGUCGAUUUGUACUUCUCUGUCUUUAUUACCACCAAAUGCUCUAGUCUCUUUAAUCACAUAUGGUAGUGUAAUUGAAUUACACGAUUUAUCAUCCACUUUAAUCGAUAGAUCUAACAUUUUCAGAGGUGAUAAAGACUAUCAAUAUGCAGAAAUUAUUGAAAUGCUAACUGGGAAUAAACCAUCAGUGACGAAUGCAAACCAAAAUCUGAACGUCAACACUAAUCCAAAUUCUCCUUUGUCCGUCAACCGUUUCUUUUUGCCAUUAGAUCAAGUUGAAUUCAAAAUUACUCAAUUAAUUGAAAAUUUGAAAACAGAUGAAUGGCAAAUUCAAUCUGGUCAUAGACCAAAGAGAGCCACUGGUGAAGCUUUAAAUAUUGCUUCCUUGAUUUUACAAAGUGGCUAUAAAAACUUCUCCGCAAGAAUCAUUUUGUUCGCCUCAGGUCCAUGUACUUUAGGCUCGGGAUUGAUUGUGUCUUCAGAAUUAAAAGAUCCAAUCAGAUCUCAUAACGAUAUCGACAACGAUAAAGUUACUCAUUACAAGAAAGCUUGUAAAUAUUACAAUCAACUAGCUGAUAGAGUUUCUGAAAACGGACAUACUGUCGAUAUUUUUGCUGGUUGUUACGAUCAAAUCGGUAUGUCAGAAAUGCGACAAUUGACUGAUAAAACUGGUGGUGUUUUGUUAUUAACAGAUUCAUUUUCUACUGCUAUUUUCAAACAAUCUUACUUAAGAAUGUUUUCAAAAGAUGAAGAAGGUUAUUUGAAAAUGGCUUUCAAUGGUCAUUUAACUGUAAGAACCUCCAAGGAAUUGAAGGUACAAGGUUUAAUUGGACAUGCUUCCGGUGUUAAGAAGACUGAUACUAAUAACAUAAGUGACUCGGAAAUCGGUAUUGGUGGGACUUCAACUUGGAAAAUGUCAUCUUUAUCUCCAGAUCAUUCCUAUGCUAUUUUCUUUGAAAUCGCGAACACGGUAAGUACUCCACAGCAGCAGCAGCAGCAAUAUAACCCAGGUGGCCCAAAUAGUAAUGAGCCAGUCCGUUUAGCUUACACUCAAUUUAUCACCAAUUAUCAACAUUCUUCAGGUACUAAUCGUAUUAGAGUUACUACUGUUGCAAACCAAUUAUUACCAUUUGGUGCCCCAGGUAUCUCAGCUUCUUUCGAUCAAGAAGCCGCUGCCGUAAUUAUGGCCAGAAUUGCUGUUCAUAAGGCUGAAAAUGACGAUGGUGCGGAUAUUAUUAGAUGGAUUGACAGAACAUUGAUCAAAUUAUGCCAAAAAUAUGCUGACUAUAACAAGGAUGAUCCAAUGUCUUUCAGAUUAGCUCCAAACUUUACCUUAUACCCUCAAUUUAUGUAUUAUUUGAGAAGAUCUCAAUUCUUGAGUGUGUUCAACAACUCACCUGAUGAAACUGCCUUUUACAGACAUAUUUUCACCAGAGAAGAUACUACAAAUUCAUUGAUCAUGAUUCAACCAACUUUAACCUCCUACUCGAUGGAAGAAGAGCCUCAACCAGUUUUAUUGGAUUCUGUUUCUGUCAAACCAAAUACCAUUCUAUUAUUGGAUACAUUCUUCUUCAUUUUAAUUUACCAUGGUGAACAAAUUGCUCAAUGGAGAAAAGCAGGUUAUCAGGAUGACGAACAAUAUGCUGACUUUAAAGCCUUUUUGGAGGAACCAAAGGUUGAAGCUGCUGAAUUAUUAGUUGACAGAUUCCCAUUACCAAGAUUUAUUGACACAGAAGCCGGCGGAUCUCAAGCUAGAUUCUUGUUAUCCAAAUUGAAUCCUUCUGACAGUUACCAAGAUGCUACACACGGCGGUGCUACGGUUGUUUUAACUGAUGAUGUUUCAUUACAAAACUUCAUGUUGCAUUUACAAAAUGUUGCAGUCACUGGACAAAACUAA